CUGCCUCCCCCUUCCUGUUCCCAGGAGCUCAGGACUGGCCUCCGGACCCCUGGCCUCUGGGGCAGAAGCCAGGGUUGGCCAGCUCCCACCCCAGAUGCCCAGCAGGCCAGGCGCAGGCAGCGCUGGGGGCGUGACGACUCUCAGCUGGCCUCCAGAGGGUGUCCCCCUGCCAGUGCGCCUGGGCCCUGCCCACGAUGACCAGCCCACCCCUCAGCCUCACUCAUCUGCUCACUGUUUCAGGAUUGCUCUGUUACUCGGCUUGCUGUUUGGCCCUGCCUGGCCUGGAUCAGAAGAGACGCGGCGGCCCCCGAACAUGCUGCCUGCUGACGCCCCCGCCGCCCCCGCUGUUCCCGCCGCCCUUCUUCCGAGGUGGCCGGGGCCCGCUUCUCUCCCCGGACAUGAAGAAUCUCGUCCUGGAACUGGAGACGGCACGGUCCCCAUGUGUGCAUGGGUCGCUCAGCUCAUCUGGGCCUCCAGGCCCGCAGGGCCCACCUGGGCUUCCUGGCAAGACUGGACCAAAGGGAGAGAAGGGGGAGCUUGGUCGACCAGGAAGGAAGGGCAGACCUGGCCCCCCAGGAGUUCCUGGCAUGCCUGGGCCUGUCGGCUGGCCCGGCCCUGAAGGCCCCAGGGGUGAAAAAGGUGACCUGGGUCUGAUGGGCUUGCCAGGGUCAAGAGGACCAAUGGGCUCCAAGGGCUACCCUGGAUCCAGAGGGGAAAAGGGAUCCAGAGGUGAAAGGGGUGACUUGGGUCCCAAAGGAGAAAAGGGUUUCCCAGGAUUUCCUGGAAUGUUGGGGCAGAAAGGAGAAAUGGGGCCGAAGGGCGAGCCUGGGCUUGCUGGCCACCGGGGACCCACAGGCAGACCAGGGAAACGAGGCAAGCAGGGGCAGAAAGGAGAUAGUGGCAUCACAGGCCCCCCAGGCAAACCUGGGCCUUCUGGUCAACCUGGCCGUCCGGGUCCCCCAGGCCCCCCGGGUCCUCCCUCUGCAGGACAACUUGUCAUGGGACCCAAGGGGGAAAGAGGAUUUCCUGGGCCCCCAGGAAGAUGUCUUUGUGGACCUCCCAUGAAUGUGAAUAACCCUUCCUAUGGGGAGUCUGUGUAUGGGCCCAGCUCCCCACGAGUUCCUGUGAUCUUUGUGGUCAACAACCAGGAGGAACUGGAGAGGCUGAACACCCAGAACGCCAUCGCCUUCCGCAGAGACCAGAGGUCCCUGUACUUCAAGGACAGCCUUGGCUGGCUCCCCGUCCAGCUGACACCCGUCCACCCCCGGGACUACCCUGGAGACCACCGCGGCUCCUGCGGGGACGGAGUCCUGCAGCUGGGGGAGGAGUGUGACGAUGGGAACACAGACGCCGGUGAUGACUGCAUCCGCUGCCGCCGGGCCUACUGCGGAGACGGCCACCGGCACCGGGGCGUGGAGGACUGCGACGGCGCGGACUUCGGCCACCUGACCUGCGAGACCUAUCUCCCCGGGUCGUACGGAGACCUGCGCUGCACCCGGUACUGCUUCAUCGACUCCACGCCUUGCCGCUACUUCACCUGAACGCCCCCGGGAGGAGGCGGCGGCCCCCGCGGCGCCGGUAGCAGCUUUUCCGCCCUCGGCAGACUGACUGACCUCACCCCCAUCCUGGUCCAGUGUCCACCGCCUUCGUGCCACAGAAAGAAGGACAAACUCUUGCUGCUAAGACAAGCUUGUAACGCGGUCCGACUGGAGGAACCGAGGACCCCCGCCCUGUCUUCGCCCCGGGCCUCCACCCUGCGCCCAGCGCGACCCUGCGGCCGAAUGUAGAUACGCAGGGCGCUUUGCCUUCCGCAUGUCGCAGACUUGGCUCCGCACUGUUAGGCGAACACGGACUGUUGGCUCCCUUCCGCGGGGGGCGUCCAGGGAGCAGCCUCUCUGCCCCUCUGACCUCUGGAAACG